GCCCGUCGGUGGCGUGAAAAAAGGCAGCGGUAUCAAGUACAACACGUUCGACAAGGUCCGAUGGGCCCUCGGGCAGCGCAUCGCGCCCGAGUCGACGUUUUUCCUGAUGGAAGGCCUGGUGGGUGUGGUGUUGGGCUUGUCGGUGAGCUAUAGCCAGUGCGAGGGAGCGAACUCGGCCAUCGAGGAGGUGCUGGCGUACCUGUAUCAGAUCUGCGAGCAGACCAUCGGAACGCUGCAGCUGGAUGGCCUGGCCCGCUACCUGAGCUGCGACCGCGCAAGCG